CGCCCCGCCCCCUGAGCCCUCUCGUCCUGGGCUCUGUUUAUAACCCGCGAGCCGGUAAAUUGUGCGCAGAAGCAGACGGAGCGCGAGCGGCGUGGUUGCAGGGCUUGAGUGCCAGAGAUCAACAGACCGAGUGACUCAGAUAAAAUGUCUCAAUCUAAAGGUACAGUUGUUCUAGCCUACAGCGGUGGAUUGGACACCUCUUGCAUUCUGGUUUGGCUAAAGGAACAAGGAUAUGAAGUUAUUGCUUAUCUGGCUAACGUAGGACAGGAUGAAGAUUUUGAAGCUGCUCGAGAGAAGGCUUUAACUCUUGGAGCCAAAAAGGUUUUUAUUGAAGAUUUGCGAAAGGAGUUUGUAGAAGAGUUUAUCUGGCCGUGGGUGCAGUCAAAUGCUGUUUAUGAGGACAGAUACUUCCUUGGAACAUCACUGGCUAGACCUUGUAUUGCUAGAGGUCAGGUCAAGAUCGCAAAACAGGAAAAAGCUCAAUUUGUGUCCCAUGGAGCCACAGGAAAGGGAAAUGAUCAGAUUCGGUUUGAGUUGACUUGCUAUGCACUGUAUCCAGAAGUCAAGAUCAUCUCCCCAUGGAGGUUGCCAGAGUUUUACAAUCGAUUCGUGGGACGCAAUGAUUUGAUGGAAUAUGCAAAGGCAAAUGGCAUUCCUGUUCCUGUCACUCCCAAAAGCCCUUGGAGUAUGGAUGCUAACAUCAUGCAUAUCAGCUACGAGUCUGGGAUCCUGGAAAACCCCAAGAAUCAUGCACCAGAUGGUAUGUUUAUGAUGACAGUUGACCCAGUGAAGUCUCCAAGCAUUCCCGACGAAUUGGAGAUUGAGUUCAAAAAUGGUGUCCCUGUCAAGGUCACCAACCUGGGUGACAAGACCACUUACAGCUCGGCCCUUGAACUGUUCAUGUACCUCAAUGAAAUCGGGGGUAAGCAUGGGGUUGGACGGAUAGACAUCGUGGAGAAUCGCUUCAUUGGCAUGAAAUCACGCGGUAUCUAUGAGACCCCAGGUGGGACAAUUCUGUAUCAAGCUCAUGUGGACAUUGAGGCCUUCACCAUGGACAAGGAAGUGAGGAAAAUCAAGCAGCUACUGUCACUGAAGUUUUCCGAACAGCUGUACAAUGGAUUUUGGGACAGCCCUGAGUCUACAUUUGUCCGGCACUGCAUCAACAAAUCACAGGAGUAUGUCGCAGGGAAAGUUCAGCUGUCUGUCUUCAAGGGACAUGUUUACAUUCUUGGUCGGGAGUCACCUAGUUCCCUGUACAACCAGGAUCUUGUCAGCAUGAAUGUCCAGGGUGAUUAUGACCCAACUGAUGCAGGUGGAUUUAUUAAGAUUUGCUCUUUGAGGCUGAAGGAAUACCAUCGUCUCCAGAGCUCCAUGAUUCCAAAAUCUAAAUGAAUGAGGUCAAACUUUAAAACUUUAAUUAUCAAGUUGAUGCAGUUGAAUUUUACAGGAUAUGAAAUUCUGUGAUGAAAGGAAAGUGUGGAUUUUCCCUGUAUGUUAUUGGUUUCACUUUAAAUAAAAUGAAUAAUCUUGAA